UGGAUGCUUGAAGUGUGGAGUCAUUGACCAAUCGUUUGUGACUGAAAAACAAGAACUCCAAUCAACGUUCAGAAUCUUCCACACCCGGAAACUGAAGUACCUUUUCAGAGAUGUUGGGAGUGGAAUCAGCUGGCGGCGUGGACAAAAUUGUCGAAAACAUUGGAAGUCUGCCAACAGAUUUGUUCGCAGAAACAUGUCAGCAGAUUCUGAGCCAGCUUCAAGGGCAGUCCCAGGCCAUAGACGUGGCGGAGAUCUGUGAAAGAUUUCAGAAGGCUGGAGUAAGACUGGACCUGGGGGCCGCUCAGGAGAUAACUAAGCUGCUCUCAUUCAGUUUCAGAUCAGCGGCGAAGAGCAGCCUGUCGGCAGAGCAGCUGAUCUCCCGGCUCUGUGAGAGCAGCAGCCGGUGGGGUAAACCUGCCCUGCAGGUGCUGCACAAGCUGUGGAGCGAACAGGGCAGUCUCGUCUGCAGCCACCAGGAGGUGCAGUCCAUGAUCACCGUGGGACAGCUGGUGGAUCUACAGUGGAAGCUGGGAAUAUCGAUCAGCUCGGACUCCUGCCGAUCCCUGAACUCCCCGUACGUCACCUUACUGCUGAAAACCGCAGACACCUCCGGGCAGGUGUCCUGCAAGUCCUUUGAAAUGACAAUCUCACAAUUCCAGAAUUUCUUCAAACAGUUCAAGGAAAUGGCGGCCGUCUUAGAGACGAUAUGAUGUUCAAAGAGACUUCAUAAAGUCCGUAAUUGUGCCUGAUGCCUGAUCAGUUCUGGCCGUUGAGUGACAGAAGGGUUUCAUAAGAGUGGUAAACUGUGUCAUUACUCUGGAACAGGCCAGAGGUGUCAAUUCCUGUACAGAGAGAGUGUUUUGUUUGUUUUCUCCAACUCCACACAGAAAAUAUUUGGUGAAACUGAUGGAGUACUUAGCUUUAAUAGGGUAUAUGUGGUCCUGACGAGACUAAUAUAAGCACUCUUAAAGUUGAUUAAAUACUUAGAAUAUUGCUGUUUCUCUCAUUAUUAAAUGUACUGCAUGUUUACAUGACCUACAGUCCAGUAUAUACGUGCAGGAUAAAAUGUAUUUUUGUCCAGAACUCAUCAUUCCUGAUGUCCGACAAUAAAAACACAAGUGGCUGGUUUAACAAAAAAAAAAAAAGCUUCAGAAAAUGGUAGCCACUAACCUGAGUUCAACAACACAGAGUAAACCCAUACUUUAGAUGGUUGUAGGGUAUGCUGAAGGUUUGAACUGUUUAAAAGCAGCUUUACUGUGUGCAUGACUAAUGGUAAUGGAUAAAUUAAAACUAUAACUGUGCCUGACUAAAAACCGAAAAAAACUGUGGUAAGCUGUUUUUGUAUGAUGUUUUUACUGAGUAGUGAUCUCCUGUCAAAAAGAUGUUGUGGCCAUAUUUGUAACCAACAAUUAACUGGUUACAGUAAUAUUUGUGGCAUGUUCAACAGCAUUAACAAAUGUAGGCCUCUAGAGCAUUGAUCCAAAUAUCUGUUAUGCAAAUACAGAUUACAGGCUGUCAGAGACGGACUUUGUUACUGAACCUAACAAUCACAGCAUUGUAAAUUCCAGUGAUGCCGUAUCAUUUAACUAUCAAAUAAAACCUAUUUUGGCAUUCUG